AUGUUGGUUGGUCUUUUUUUUUUUUUGGGAUUUCGAGAUCUCUUUGUGUUCUACUACAGUGUAAUUUUGGAUUCUCUGUUUUGGUCUCUUUUGGCUUUUGUUUUGCGUGGAGAUGAAGGGUUAUCCAAGGAUAGGGAUGCUACUGUGAAUACAGUAUCGUCGGAGAAUUUUGCAUUUCUCGCUUUCUUUAACUUGAGGGUUCGCUUUUUUAGCUCUUUUUUCCUAGUUGAUUAGACUCUCUGUACUGGUGUCCCCAUUGAUUGUGAGUGAUGUUAAGAGUGCAAUGAGUCGCUUGUGGGUUUUAGUUGCUUGAUCCAGUGAGCUUCUUCUAGGAGCUUUUCUAAUUAGGGUUUCCUCCCGGGUGGUUUUGCCGGUUCAAGGUGCUCUGCUCCUGGCAGACGGGUUAUUCAUUGAAACAUUACUGCAUGUGAUGUUACGAGGUUACCGGACAUGGAGAGGGUUACAGAAUCAAAAGCACUUAUUGGGAAAUUCCCUGCUGUGUUCCAGGUAUCAAAUACACGCAUGGUGUUGGGGAGAGAAGGGGAUCAGGUACCUAAGUUGCAGAUGGGCUUGGCAAGGGAAGUAUCAGGACGAUUUACUGGACAAGGCUCCCAAGUUGCAGAUUCACAUGAACCUGUAAGACUAUGGAAGGGAAAAGACUCUUUGCUUGUACAAGAAGAGCUAAUGCUUGAUGUUGUUGCAUCUAAGGGAAGUAGUGAAUCCUUUGAUGAAGGUGGUCCCAGUUCUUUCUCUGGAGCUAGUCAUCCACCAGAACCAGUUGAUACAGAUCUAAUGAAAACAAUGAUGUAUGUACCAAUUGGGCAGAAGAAAUCUGAGGCUGGAUGCCUCAUGAAGAGUAUGUCUGUGAAGGGGCCUUUCCUGGAAGACCUUUCGAUUAGGGUUCCUCCUAAGAAACCAAGCCCAGCUGUUCUUUCACCAACAGAAAGUUUGGUUGAAGAACCUAAUGACUUGGUCACUCUGUAUUCGCCAUUUUCAGUUCCUCGUGCAUCACAAAAUACAGAGAACUCUCUCCUUCCACCUGAUUCAGAGGAGAAGGAAUGUGUGUGGGAUGCUUCUUUGCCUCCGAGUGGUAAUGUAAGUCCACAUAGUAGCAUCGACAGUACUGGUGUUGUCACAGCCAUGAGCGUCGUUAAUAGCUGUGCCAGUACUUAUAGAAGUGAUGUUAUUACAAGUGAUGGCAUGCUGAGCAUGGAGAGAAACUGCGAAAGUACCAAAGGGAGUGUUAGUGUUAGAGGAGACUCACUGGAGAGUGCAAAGACCAGUGUUAGCCGUGCAAGUGACAGCAGUGGCCUCAGUGAUGACAGCAAUUGGAGCAAUAUUACUGGGAGUGCAAACAAGCCCCACAAGGGAAAUGAUCCUAGGUGGAAAGCUAUUCUUGCCAUUCGAACACGAGAUGGAAUUUUAGGCAUGAGCCACUUUAGACUGCUAAAACGGCUUGGUUGUGGUGACAUUGGUAGUGUGUAUCUUUCAGAACUGAGUGGGACUCGCUGUUAUUUUGCAAUGAAAGUAAUGGACAAGGCAUCUCUUGCAAGCAGGAAGAAGUUGACUAGGGCUCAGACAGAAAGGGAGAUUUUGCAGCUCUUGGAUCAUCCAUUUCUGCCAACGUUGUAUACACAUUUUGAAACUGACAGAUUCUCAUGUUUGGUCAUGGAAUACUGUCCAGGGGGUGAUCUGCACACUCUGAGGCAAAGGCAACCUGGGAAACAUUUUUCUGAGUAUGCUGCGAGAUUUUAUGCUGCUGAGGUUUUGUUGGCACUCGAAUAUCUCCACAUGCUUGGAGUUGUCUACAGGGACUUGAAGCCUGAAAAUGUUCUUGUCCGUGAUGAUGGCCACAUAAUGCUUUCAGAUUUUGACCUGUCCCUUAGAUGUGCAGUUUCACCUACACUGAUAAAAACCUCAUUUGAUUCUGAUCCUUCAAAACGAGCUGGUGGUGGUGCCUUUUGUGUUCAGCCUGCCUGUAUUGAGCCCUCCUCCGUAUGCAUCCAACCUGCAUGCUUUAUUCCGCGAAUCUUCCCACAAAAAGGUAAGAAAAAGACCAGAAAACCUCGAGCAGAGCUUGGACUGCCUGCUAGUGCACUUCCAGAGCUUGUAGCAGAACCCACGGCAGCCCGAUCCAUGUCCUUUGUUGGAACCCAUGAAUACCUAGCCCCUGAAAUUAUCAAGGGAGAAGGGCAUGGUAGUGCUGUUGAUUGGUGGACAUUUGGAAUUUUCUUGCACGAGCUACUGUAUGGGAAAACACCAUUCAAAGGCUCAGGAAACCGUGCUACACUGUUCAAUGUGGUGGGGCAACAGCUUAGAUUCCCAGACUCUCCAGCAACCAGCUAUGCUAGCCGUGAUUUGAUUCGAGGGUUGCUGGUGAAGGAACCACAGCACCGGUUAGGAGUGAAGAGGGGUGCAACUGAGAUCAAGCAGCACCCUUUCUUUGAAGGUGUAAAUUGGGCUCUAAUAAGAUGCAGCACACCUCCAGAAGUGCCGAGACCCAUGGAGACUGAGCUUCCUGGAAAAUUUGGGGCAGUUGAUCCAAUUGGGGUGGGCAGCAGCAGUAAAAGAAUGGUGGGGACGGACAUGAAGUCUGGAGGUAAAUAUCUGGACUUCGAGUUCUUCUAGCACAGGCUUUGACUGUGCUGUGUUGUAUUGGUAUUAGUUCAUCUUAACAAGAGUAUGCCUGUAUUCUGUUCUGAUAAUGAACUUCAAUUCACCUGCCUCAUAGGAGUAAAAAAGUAUCAAUUGGAAAUGAGUAGCUUUAAUUCACACAAGUAUUUUUAGUUUUCA